UUUAUUAUUAUCACGUCGUUAUUGUCACGGUGGGCAAUUGUGAAACCAAUUGUGGUCAUCGUGUGAAUCACCACGCGGAAGUUCUGUGAUUCAGACUAUCCGGAGCGCAAGCAUAUCUCACUUUAUGCGGCCAUCGCAAAGGAUGUAAUUGCAGAUUAUCAUCUGCCAUAGCAACGGAUUACUUCGAACCCAGAUCGCCGACUCGCAUGCAAGUCCAGCUGAUCCCACCGAAAAGAAACAGAAACCGUGAAGAGACGCUGCAAUGGCGACAGUUGUGGUCCAGCAGCAGUCAAUUCGACAUUCCUCCACACCUCCACCUCUGUCCCCGGUGCUGAGCCUCAACGCUGGCAUUCGAACUCCCACUCCAGUCCCCAAUAAACAUCUGCCAUUAUGUCCAACUGGCCCGGCUCCGCUUGUCAAGGAUAUCGACCGAUCCAAGACCAGCGCUUCCGGGCAGGUCACGUCGGUUCUUUAUCCGCCAGACUGCUUCGAUAAGCUAUCUGAUUCCCCCCCGAUAUAUUCGAUCGAUGUGGACACAUUGGCUGAGGCAUUGGACCAUCUAUCCACGCAACCCCUGCCUGAGCCCAAGCACGUCUUCCCUUGGCUACAUGGCCUCCAUCCCGACAACCAGAUCCAACUAGCGUUCUUUGCCAAUCGAAAGAAGUCAGCACGUCGCCCACCAAAAUGUCUGAGAGGAAUGACUAUUGUGAAAGUCGGUGGUGAUCUCUCGAGGUCAAGACUCAAGGGAGCCGUGUCUCCCGGGGAGGUUCUCGCAGUUAUGAGCUCGGAUUUCCUGGAAGCCGACCCCGCAGAAGGCUUUUCAGUCCGCAAUUUCCAGAUCCAAACAGCCAAGAUAGCGACUUUGUCAGACAUCGUGGUGUACGGUGACGACAAUGUUCCGGAGACAGAAACUAUUGCAUUGGCGGAGCAGAUGUCGCUGGCGCAGCAGAAUUGGCGGUUGAGAAAUGAUCCCGCUCAGGAGAUACCCUUGUUCAAUACAUUUGUCCUUUCGAGUACUUUUCGGGAGGUCGAGGAAAGGCAUCCUGAUCUGAUAUGUGUGGAUCGUCAGGGUCAUCUGACUGGGCGUGUCAUGGAUUUCUUCCAGUGGGAGCGCCUAGAAAUGUGCGCCAUGUCUAAAGCCUCAGAAAUCUCCAAAAAUGUUUUCCAAGGCCCUACGCCAGACUUAGCAGCAGGACUAGGAGAGUUUCAGGCUGUGCAUGAAGAGUACGAUCUGUUCGUUGAAGCUAGCGAACUCGCUAGCAUUCCAGGCCCGCGGUUUUUGGCUACAGUAGAUCGACAACUAAAGGAUGGUCCCCAGCAAAUUGAGUUCCCAGCUUCCGGAAGCAUUUUGCCCCCGCCAACAACGGAGAAUAGAGAGGUUGAUGACCUGAUCACGACCGUACGAUGGCUCUACUACCUUGCGAACCCGGAAGAACCAGAGGAACCGAACGAAGGACUCGAUGCGGAUGGCGAUAUACAAAUGGCCUCCUGGACACACAAGCCACGGAAGAUUCUCAUCCACUGUGGAGAUGGCUAUACCGAAAGCUCUCUUCUUGCUUUGGCAUACUUCAUGUUUGCGGAAGGCGUGCCGGCACAUGAAGCAUGGCUAAGGCUCCAUUGCGACAAGAAGCGCAACUUCUUUGCCUACCCAUCCGAUGUUGCUUUCCUCACGACAAUACAGCACCGCUUGCUGCAGGCAAGCCCGGUCGCUCAAGGGCUGAACGUGUCUCGCUUAGCCGAUCCUGCAUGGCUUGGAAAGAUGGACGGUUCUCUCCCUAGUCGGAUUCUGCCUUAUAUGUACUUGGGCAAUCUAACGCACGCCAACAACCCUGAACUGCUUUGGGCCCUUGGAAUUAGGCGUGUUUUGAGCAUUGGAGAACCCGUGGCUUGGAGUGACGCGGAGCUCAGACGUUGGGGCAAGAACAACUUGAUGUUCAUCGACCAGGUCCAGGAUAACGGCAUCGACCCAUUAACACAGGAGUUCGAGCGAUGCUUGGAAUUUAUUCGUAUGUGCUACCCUCUCCUAGAAUGUCGCAAAACAGGUGCUGAGUGAGAAUCAACAAUCAGGAAAAGGAAAAUCAGACAGGAGCGCAACCCUCGUCCACUGCCGUGUGGGUGUUUCGAGAUCGGCCACGAUCUGCAUUGCAGAGGUUAUGGCCUCUUUGGAUCUUACAUUUCCUCGAGCAUAGUGGGUACCAGCACUCUCAUCAUUAAUAAACGAUAAAACUAACACAAUUGCGAAUAGUUGUUUUGUCCGCGCGAGACGGCUUAAUGUAAUUAUCCAGCCGCAU